CGGAUUGGCUGGAGGACGGGCCCGCUGAUUGGCCGCCGCCGCCGCCCGUCAGGCGGGACUGAGGGGAGGGAGGUGAAGGAGAGAGCGAGGGGAGCCGAGCGGGUCGCGGGCCCCGGGCGGCGGUUAUUAUUCAAAUCAGCGGCGGAAUGCCGCCGAGGAAGAAGAGAAAGCAGAGUAGAGAGCCAGCCGGAGGACCCGCUGCCCCGAGACAGGCCGUCUCCCCAAUGUAGACGAGGAGGUCUGACACUUCCCUGGGUCGGCUCGGAAACCGACGGACAGAAACUGAUCGAGUUCAAAGGAAGAACUGGGCAGACGGACCUGCGGAGGGGCUUGGGCACACUGCCUUUACUUCCCGCGGCAGCCAGAGGUGCGGGGCCUGUCGGGGGCCCCCAGCUUCCCGUAGGAGGUGGUCUCAGCACUCGUUUGGCACCCAGCUCAGAGGCCUGCACCCUCCGAGAGGGGCUCCCCUGCCCCACCCCCCCCACCCCUGCUUGAUGGAUGUUGGCUGAUUGGUCUCGAGAGGAAUACAGACGAAGCUAAUCGGCAAAGAGGACAGAGGUGGGGGGGGGGGGGCGGGGGUGCACAGUGACGCUGUCUACCCUACUCCACUGAGGCGUCCCACCCCAAACCAGGAGUGAGUGAGCUCCACAGCUGCCUCCGCGCCUGGAUCUCCGCCUGCGGACCGCCGAGAGGAUUCAUCAAGUGGUGUUAAAACGGUUUUACUCUCCACGGCCAGCAAUUUUCCUCACCAGAUCCCUGAUAUCUUUCUCCCACGUUCCCCCUUCCCGGUUCCUUUUCCAAAAAAAAACCCUCCUUUUGCUCAUUUGAGUUAACUCAUCCCCACCCUCCUGCCCAAAGCUCACUGCCACCUCUGCAGUUCCCGGUCCGGAUCUGAGAGCCGCUGAUGUAAAUAGCCCGUGUAAUAACCUACACUUCGAUUCCACCCCGCUCAGGCCCCGCAGACUACUUAAUCACCUCGGGUUUGACCGCGUCCUAUCCAGGACAGCUGAGCCGAGAUCAAUCGUACAAUUUCCACCACUCUUUCUCCCUCCCGCUUAUCGAAACGGAACAGGGUCCUGCUCCAAACCCAGCAGCUGUCCGUCUUGGGGACACCCUCCUUCGUUGCAUCUCCUUCUCUCUCUGCCCCCGCCUUUGGAGGCCUUGACGCCGCUCCCCGCCCCAUCACACCUCCCCUCUCACCCAGGAGCGACUCUUCCCUCCCUCCCUUCCCUCCUCCCUUCCCUCCUCCCCACCCCCCCGUUUCCCGCCUGCACUGGGACCCUGCUAUGCUGCUGAGGGAGCCGGGAGCCAGAGCAAUAUGCCAUCGGGAACGGAGGGGAGCUUCAAACCCAGCAAGUACAUCCCGGUGUCGGCCGCCGCCACCUUCCUCGUGGGCUCCACGUCUCUCUUCUUCGUCUUCCCGUGCCCGUGGCUCAGCCAGACCUUCUCCCCAGCCAUCCCAGUCUACAACGUGAUCAUCUUCCUCUUCGUCUUGGCAAACUUCAGUAUGGCCACGUUCAUGGACCCCGGCAUCUUUCCCCGCGCCGACGAGGACGAGGACAAGGACGACGAUUUCCGGGCCCCUCUCUACAAGAACGUGGAGAUCAAGGGCAUCCAGGUUCGCAUGAAGUGGUGCUCCACCUGCCGUUUCUACCGGCCCCCUCGCUGUUCACACUGCAGCGUCUGUGACAACUGUGUGGAGGAGUUCGACCACCACUGCCCCUGGGUGAACAACUGCAUCGGACGGCGCAAUUACCGCUACUUCUUCCUCUUCCUCGUGUCGCUCACCACUCACAUCAUCGGCGUCUUCUCCUUCGCUCUGAUCUACCUCCUGUACCACCUGGACAGGCUGUCCACCGUCCACACCGCUGUCACUAUGGCGGUGAUGUGCGUUGCCGGACUGUUCUUCAUCCCCGUGGCCGGCCUCACUGGCUUCCACGUCGUCCUGGUUGCCCGCGGUCGGACCACCAAUGAGCAGGUAGGGCAGGGUCACGGGAAAUUCAGGGGGGGAGUGAAUCCCUUCACCCAGGGCUGCUGGAGAAACAUCUCUUAUGUACUCUGCAGUUCACAGGCACCCAGGUACAUUUCCCGGGAGAAGAGAGAGUACCAGGUCCCGGUGCAGACACCCUUUCUGCGGCCCACGGUCUCCGACACUGAGGUCACCAUGAAGCUGAUGGACAACGGUAUCCAGACCAGCCUCACACGGACCCGGUCGAGAGGAAGCCUGGUGGUGCUGGAGAGCCAGUCCACAGAUAUCGAGCCUCCUCCGCCUCCGAAACCAGACCUCAACCGGUAUUCCGGGCUGCGGACUCAUCUGUCACUGGCAACCAAUGAGGAGAGCAGUCUCCUUCACCGAGCGGAGAAUCCUCCGACUCCCACCAUGUACAAGUACCGGCCAACCUACAGCAGCCCCGGACGCAACCACGUCGCCCUGACGCACUCUGCCAGCGACAAGGUCUGUCCAGUGGACCUCUCCCCGGAUCCAGCCACUGCCGAGGGAGCAGGCAGUCUCAGCCUGCGCUCCGAGGGUCCGACCUCUCCCACCCUGUACGGCAGCCUCCCACUGGAGCCGGCGUCCGAGGGCUCCCGCUCCUCCUGCAGCCUCCGCUCGGCGCCGGGGACUGGAGACGGGGCCGGCGUGGGCCCGGGGCCCGACGAGGGCACCACCUCCACCUCCUACAAGAGCCUGGGUGAGCCCACCCACGAAUACAGCCCCUCCCUGGACAGCCUCCCGCCUACCAGCCCCGAGUCCGAGGCACCCGGCUACCACUCGCCCUUCCUCUCGGCCCGGCUGGCCAUGCACCGCGAGGCUGACCUGCUGGCCCGCUGCCCCCGGGAGCGCGAGGGGCUUCUGUCCCAGGCCCCGCACCAGGCGCGGGGCCGAGAGGAGAGCCGGCGCCGGGCACCCUCCUCGCCCCCUCACCGGCCCGGCUUCCCGGGGCCAGCCCCUCGCCCCUUCCGUCCUGUCUCCCCUCCUCAGGGCAAGGCGUCCCGGGGCCCAGCCUUCCCACGGCAGACAGAGGACAUCGAGGGAGCCGGCUCUACGCACCCUCUCCUGCCUCCCAGGGACGAGGUGCAGAUGAAAGGGACCCACGUCCGGAGCAACGGGCAGCCCCGGCACCUGAACAAGUCGGAGCCACGGCGCACGUCGCCGCCCCCCGUCCCGGGCACCUCCAGCGGAGUGACCCUCAGCCCCAACAAGGGGGUGAAGAAGGUGUCGGGCGUCGGAGGGACCACCUACGAGAUCUCGGUGUGAGGCCGGGAAGGGGCGGCUGGAAUGGAGCCGUGUCAGACUGGAUGGAGGAGAGAGAGGGGUUCCCAGAAGCUGUCGGCCUCUCUCUUUCCCCUGCUACAGAUUUGGAUAUGGGUCAGCGGCAAGAGGCAGAGAGGUGGUGAGGUGCAGAGGACUGUCAUGGCAGCAGCCUCCCCGUGCCGGGACUGGACAGUGGCAAGGGGAAUGUCCCGCAUGUGUCCGACUGUCUCAUGCUCCUUCCCUCCUACCCCCCUCUCCUCUCCUCUGGACUCCAUCGUCCGCUGCUCCAGCCCCCUGUGUCUGGUCCCUGCUCUCUGUGGUUCAAGCCAGCUGAAUCCUCCCUCUCUGCCUCUCCCUCCUUUACCCUCUCCCUCCCCCUUCUGAACCGUGAGUUGGAUUGGCGACAAGUGGACAUUGUGCAAUUGUGUUCAGCUGGGGCGUGGUCUCCUGUGAACCAGGGCCUCUCCUUCAAUCCGUCGGAGCCACGAGCAAGACAGAGACUUUUGCAAAAAAAACUUAAGAAACAAAUGUUUUUUUAUAUAUAAUUAAAGGGAUUAUUUACUCUG